AUGGAUUUCAAGAACAGGCAGUCCUACAAAGAAGAAGAUGAGCCCACAAAUCGUUUAAGUUGUUUGGCACAUGAAAUCGGCCUUGACAUACUGUCUAGAUUGCCUAUCAAAUCUGUUAUCCAAUCCAGGUUUGCUUGUCGAUCUUGGAACCUGUUGUCUCAUGAUCCACGUCUCGUCCAUAUGCACAUGUCCAUGGCACUGAUUUAUCAAAGGGUAUGCCUCAUUUUCCAUUCUAAUUAUCCGCUUCGAAACCAGCUUCAUUUUCUUGAGGUUUUGGAUGUUGAUGACAAUCAAAUAGUGAGAAAAAUUGGUACUCCCUUUGCUGAUUCCAUGCCAGAAUUUAGCGUGAUUGGCUCAGUCAACGGCCUUUUAUGCUUAAUUGAUUCAUUAUCUGCUGAUUCCAUAUACAUAUACAAUCCGUUUACAAGGGAUUAUAAAGUGCUACCAAAGUCUAUCGAAUUCCAAGAACAGAUUGUCAUGUUUGGAUUUGGAUUCCAUCCAAUUACUAAAGAAUACAAGUUGAUCAAGAUAGUUUACUAUCCAAAUGUCAAUAAUCUUAAAAUUGCUAGAAAAUGUAGCAGAUUAAUGACAUCACAUAGAUCAGAUGUUCAGAUUUAUAAUUUGGGUACCAAUGAAUGGAGAAGCAUGGGGGAAGCACCUUACAGACUGGAGAAAAGGUCUUCACCGGGAGUUUUGGUGAGUGGGAGACUUCACUGGAUGAGUCAAAUGGCCAAGUACACUAGGAUCAUUGUAUCAUUUGACCUUUCUAACGAUUCAUUUCGAGAGAUCCCAAACCCAGACACUGGGCACUUAAUAUGGACGAGCAGUCAUGUUGCUGUUUUGGGGGGUUGCCUAUCUGCUGCCACUCAUUCAGGUAAUGGGGCUCUGGAUAUUUGGGUGAUGAAAGAAUAUGGAGUACAAGAGUCUUGGGUGAAGAUGUUUACUCUUGGAGCUUACUCUCCAAGGACUACUGGUCCUGAAUUGCAGAAUGGGUGUUUGAGUUGGCAUAACUUUUUUGCUGGGAAUUCAGUUCGGAUUCUAUGCGUUAUGGAGACGGGUGAAAUCUUGGUGGAGUACAAUGGAGGAAUUUUGGUUUGUUAUAAUCCAGAUAGUGGAAAGUUUAAGAAUCUUUCAUUUCAAGGGAUGCCAAAAAUAUUUCAAACUACAGUUCAUGUUGGUAGCCUUAAUCCAGUUCCAUUCUAG